AUGUUCAGCCUGAAUGGUGCCAGAAGUGAGGGAUAUGUCCAAGAGUUGUUCCAUGAGGAAGCACAGCAGGUAUCUCAAAUGCAGACCAAGCCCUGGUGGAAGAUUCAGCUCUUUGUGUGGGAGCCAGUGCUUUUUGGAACAUGGGAUGGAGUCUUCACCUCUUGCAUGAUAAACAUUUUUGGAGUGGUUCUUUUCCUAAGGACAGGAUGGCUUGUGGGAAACACUGGCAUUGUAACGGGCAUGUUUCUGGUGUCCUUUGUCAUCCUGGUUGCUCUGGUGACAGUCUUAUCUGGAAUUGGAGUGUGUGAGAAGUGCAGCGUUGGAAGUGGAGGGGUCUACUCCAUGAUUUCUACUGUCCUUGGAGGUCAAGUAGGGGGCACCAUUGGCCUCCUUUAUAUUUUUGGCCAGUGCGUUGCAGGUGCCAUGUACAUCACCGGCUUUGCAGAGUCCAUUGCAGAUGUCCUGAGCCUCAGCAACAUCUGGGCAGUGCGCGGGAUCUCCCUGGCUGUCCUGCUGGGCCUGCUGGGGAUCAACCUGGCUGGGGUGAAGUGGAUCAUCAGGCUCCAGCUCCUCCUGCUCUUCCUGCUGGCUGUGUCAACGCUGGACUUUGUCAUCGGGUCCUUUACACACCUUGAUCCAGAACACGGUUUCGUCGGCUACUCUGAAGAGCUUAUGUUCAACAACACGCUGCCAGACUACAGCCAGGGGGAGUCCUUCUUCACUGUGUUUGGAGUGUUUUUCCCAGCUGCCACAGGUGUGAUGGCUGGGUUCAACAUGAGUGGGGAUCUCCAGAAGCCUGCUACCAGCAUCCCCCUGGGGUCUCUGGCUGCUAUUGGCACCUCGUGGUUUCUGUACAUGGUCUUUGUUUUUUUGCUGGGAGCCAUUUGUACCCGUCAGUCGCUCCGCUAUGACUUCAUGAUAGCAGAGAAGGUAUCCUUGGUGGGUUUCUUGUUUCUGCUAGGGCUGUACAUCUCAUCCCUGGCCUCCUGCAUGGGAGGGCUGUAUGGAGCACCCAGGAUCCUGCAGUGCAUUGCCCAGGAGAACGUGAUCCCCAGGCUUGCUUUGCUUGGACAUGGGAAAGGACCCAACAAGACUCCAGUGGCUGCAAUUUGCUUGACGAGUCUCAUCACCAUGGCUUUCGUCUUCAUUGGGCAGGUGAACGUUCUUGCUCCUAUUGUCACCAUCAACUUCAUGUUGACAUAUAUUGCUGUAGACUAUUCCUAUUUCUCAAUCUCCUUGAGCUACAACAUUCAGCAGAAACCUGACAAGACCCAGAUGGAAAACGCUAGACCUGCUCACUGUUCCCAGCCUUUAAUUUUCAGCAAGCCCUCCAGCCGUGCAGCAGAUGGAGUAAUUCAAAGCAGAUCAGAUGGCACCUUGCUGGAAUUCUCAAAAGACAUGGACCAGCUUUUUAAACCAUUUCGUAGCGAGCCAGGUGCUUGCAAAAAUGAAGAAGGCAAGAAUUUAACCCAAAAGGUCAAACAAAAGAAGGCAAAGAAGCCAGCCAAGCAGACAUUACAAGACAGCUUUCUGCUGGACCUCCAUCACGAUACUCCCUCAGCUCAGUAUGGCUGGGAUGAGACCACAGAGCCCCACAAUGACACCCAGGAGGACUUGGCUAAUCAGGGCUGUUGGCAUGAUGCAGAAUCAUCUAUAAAGCAACAAAAUCCAGAGCUGGGAAUUCAGCAGAUACCACAAUCCUUGCACUCCAGAUUCUGCAAUCAUUGGGUUUCCUUUGCUGGUGCGAUCGUGUCCCUCAUCAUAAUGUUUGUGAUUCAGUGGAUCUACACCCUCAUCAGCCUGGGUGCUGCAGUUAUUGUGUAUUUCUACAUUGGCCAAGUGAGCCCAGGCCUCCCCCUUGGAGCAGCAGCGAAUUUCAGCUUCUUUGGCUGGAUUAAGUCGGUUUUGAUCACCUUGCGCAGAAGGCCAUCUCCCAAGGAGCAGAUCGUGGUGACACCGUCCUUUGCAACAGUUGGCAUGGAGACCACACAGCUCACCGAGGAGAAUGCAGACUUCGCCUCUCGGGACCGCUAUCACCAGUCCUCACUUAUCAGCAGAGAGGAGUUUGGGAAUCGAUUCCACUAA